UCACAUAAUGCGGAAGAAAUUGAGCGUGUUGAAGAAAAGCUGCAGAGACUCGUUUCAAAACAUUUCUGGUUGCAUAAAAAAAUGUACUUGCUAGUUAAAAUGGUUGUGACAAGCCGAGCCUAGUAGUUCAGAAAAUAGUCAAACCAUGACUUAGGGAGGCACAUUGUUUACUAGCCAGGCCAGCUGUCGAUGAUGUUUUGCUGGAAAUGAAUAAUUAGCUAGCUAACAUUUAAAAUCACCCUUUGCCGCACCUGCUAGCUAAUUGGAAAGUUUCCGAAAGUGAAUGGGGAAAUGGACCCUACAACAUUUUCAGGUCCCCAUCUCCCUCUAACCUCCCUGCGUCUCCUGGUUCCACCACUACGUCUGAUGUCUGCAUUCAUGUGGCAAGUGGCACAGCAGCGUAACGUGAUGCAGUAUGGGAAGCUGGAGGAGUUUGUGACUCUGGUGACGGAGAUGGUUCCGGAGCUCCUGACGCUCAAGCAGAGGGUCCAACUCAUCCUGGGACUGAGAGCGAGGCUGGUUCUUGAAUUGUGUCGUGGUGUGGAGUCUAACCCAGCUGGCUACAAAACUAUCCAGCCCCACCUGGACAGAAUCCAUUCAUGCACAACACAUAAAGGGAGCGAAGAUAAGGAAGUGGAGGCCUCAAAGGAUAACUUUGUGGAGCUGGUCCAAACUCUGCUAGAAGACUCAAUGAAGAGGGAACAUUUUUUUCAGGAGGUGUUCCCUGUACAGUACAGCACUAGGUAUGACACAGCGCUACAGAUACUGGUGUGGCAGUUCUUUGACAGACUGGAGGAGAUGCUGCCAGUGCCCAGCUUUACACAGACAGCAUCCAUUCUCAACCUGACCCCUACUGACCUGGAAGAGUGUCAGCAGUCUUUCUCUGAUCCUGAGCAUCUGAAAACACUGCUGCAGCAUCAUAGAAAUCUGGGGCACCUAAAAAAAGAUUUUUUGUUCUAUGACUCUGAUAACAUCCUGUCCACGUUGUCCUUCCUCGCUCCCUCACUGAAGUCUAAACAUACCAAAAGAGGCAUAGAAGAAGGCACGGUGAAGAACGAGAGCGAUGUGAGGAGAAAGGGAGAGAAGGAAGAGGCUGAAGGACCGAAAGAACAGCAGAGUGGCGAGGAGGGACAGCAAGAAGUCAGUGGGGAGGACCAAGAUGCCAGUGAGGGAAGUGAUGAGGGCGCUGAAAGACUGGAAGAGGCUGGGGAAUCCUCUGGGAAUUCUGGGCAGCAGAAACAGCCAUCAUUAGUGGCCAUCAAUGGACAAGCUAAAGCCAAGCCCCCCCAGUCCCAGGGCUUUUCCUGCUCACAGUGCCAGUUCUCCAACAGGAGAUGGCUCACCCUUCAGAAGCACAUCAAGAAGAACCAUCCAAAGGAGGACAGUGGGAUCGUGGACUCUGGAGAAGCUGGAGCUGAGAACAACGUCCUGCCUGUCAGUGAGACAGAAAGCUCCUCGGCCAAGAAGACCAGGAAAAACAGGUACAUCUGCUCCCAGUGUGGGAAGGGUCACAAAUGUUCAUAUGAACUGAGACGACACGAAACCGUUCACUCUGAGGUGAAGCCCUUCCAUUGUGACCAAUGUGAGAAGAGAUACAAAACAAAGGUGGCUCUAAAACAACACCAUCGAGUUCACACUGGAGAAAGGCCAUAUGUUUGCUCACAUUGUGGCAGAGGCUUUAGGUCUGCAGGAACUUUACAAUCACAUGUACGCACCCACACCGGGAGCGACCUUUUGUCUGUUCUAUAUGUGGGAAGGGAUUUAUUCAACAUCAAAUACUGAUAGGUCACCUCCGGUGGCAUAGAGGUGAGAAGCCGUUCUUAUGUACCGUUUGUGGAAAGAGUUUUAGUACUUCAGGUGCCUUGUUGGUACACUCACGAACACACACGGAUGAACGCCCCAAAAGCUGUGAGCAUUGUGGGAAGAGGUUUAGAAGAUGUUACGAUCUCACAAUACAUCGGCGGAUCCACACGGGUGAGCGGCCGUUCUCCUGCACACAGUGCGACAAAUGCUUCACGUCCCACAGCGACCUUAGCAGACACAUGCGAAUUCAUACAGGAGAGAAACCUUACCAGUGUAAAAUGUGCGAUAGGAGAUUCACUGAAAGCGGCAACCUGAAAGUACAUCAGCGGGUUCAUCGGGGAACAGCCACAAAUGUACGGGUUUCAGUGUGUAAUAUCAGUACGGCCCACCACAAGUCACCAAGUGUGGCAAGAAAGAAGGAAAGAAAGAAAGACAAUGUUCCACCACUCCUUGUUGGACAGGAGUUGCCGUAGCCACAGUGUAUCAUGUUCUAAGAACACACAUUUUUGGAACAACGUUAUAAUUCCCGGGCCAUAAAAAUGAUAUUUUUUAUUUCAUUUAAAGUUGACUAGCAUUGUAAUAACUUUCUCAUAGUAGCAAGAUAAUUGGCUAUUUUGUGAUAGCGAGGCAUUUAAUGACAGCGUAAUAUGAUUUCUCGUAAUAUUAAUGUCAUUGGUUACUUUAUUUUUCAAGGUGGUAGCUUUUCAACACCAUAUAUUAGGUAAUCACACAUACGUAUUCACUGUGUCCUGCCCACUCAGUCACUGAAAUGAAAUCUUGUCAGUCAGGUAGGGUCAAACAUUUCAUAACGGAUUGAUACAGGAGUACUGUUAUUGCAGAAUUACACAGCAAGGUAAUAUUACAUUUGUGGUGUUGCCCUCUGGACCUCAUCGAAGACAGAAUGUGGCCCCUGAAGAAAAUGAGUUUGAGACUCCUGGUCUUGAGGGACAUUGAGCUCUGUACAGGACUAUGUUGGUGAAGAUAGUGAUGCUCGUUAGAUCUAUAGUUUGACUAAGGUGAUUUGUCUAAACCAGUGGUUCCCAACCGGCAAAACUUUUCCUCAUCUUGAUAAAAAAAAAUAACACUCACUUAUAAACGUGACCUGUGGAAUGCACAUGGAAUUUUGAUUUGGGAGCACUCAUGCUGGUCAGAUAAUACAUUAAAUGGCACAUGGUUACAUCUGUA